AUGAUCCAAGAACAUAAUAUUGAUAAGCCACAAUUAUGGCAAAAUAUCAGUAGCUACCAUUCUCGACGAUACCAAGAUGAGCUGUCCCACCUGGAAAGGAUAUAUGAUGAGUCCUAUUUGAGCUUCAGUUUUACUGUGCUUACUGCUGGUGGAGUAGAAAAACCACAGUGUGUUCUGUGCUCUGAGGUAUUGGCAGCUUCUUUGCUGAAGCCCAGUAGGCUAAAGAGGCAUUUGGAAAUGAAACAUCCCAGGGCAGUCAACAAAGAUGCGGAAGUUUUCAGACACCAAGCUGACAGAUUGGUUAAAUCCAAGCUUGAUGACACAGAAAUGCAAGACGUCGCAGCUUGUCUGAAAGCCUCCUACGAGGUUUCAAAGAAAAUUGCUGCAAAAAAAAAACCUCAUAACAUUGGAGAGCAGUUAGUUCUUCCUUACUGCAAAGAUAUAAUUUCACUCGUGCUCAGAAUGUCUGAACUACAGAAGCUUAGACACGUUUCACUUCCCAACAACACAGUCAGUCGACGAAUUGCUGAGAUGUCUGAUAAUAUUUUGUCUCAGGUCAUCUCAAAGAUAAAAACAUCAAUGUUUAACUAUGCCGCCAUCCAAAUUGAUAAAACCACUGACAUGGCGGAUUUAGCACAACUUUGUGGUUAUGUGCAUUACGUGUAUAACAAGUGCCUGGAAUAUGAAUUCCUUUUUUUUCAAAAGCCUCAACACCUGAACUACUGCAAACAAUAUAUUCCAGAAAGUGGGUCAAUUCUUUAA